AUGGAUAAACAUAGUCACAUGCAUGCAUAUGCUCUAAAGACAAAACUCCGGCCAGAAAUUAUACGGGAGUCUAGAUAUGAAGACGCCAUAAAAGUAUUGAAUGAUGCUAUGAAUUUCAAUCCGAACAGAGCUGGGCUAUCUUUACUUGGAUAUUGCUAUUACAGAUUACAAUCUUUCGUCGAUGCAGCUAACUGCUACGAACAAUUAUCAGCUAUGCACCCAGAAGUACCCGAAUAUAAGCUGUAUUUCGCUCAAGCGCUAUAUGAAGCGUCCAUGUUUGAUGAAGCAUAUAAAGUUACACUUCAAAUAACAUCUCCGGAACUCGAAAAAAACGUCACAAAAUUACAGUCUGCAAUUAAAUAUGGAGAAGAUGAUACGAUUACUGCAAAAGCUUUGGUUGAUUCUUAUUCGCAAGAUGAUUGUGAUAAAGAUAUAAAUUUAGGAUGCUUAUUGUACAAGGAAAACCAAUAUGAAGAGGCUCUACAGAAAUUUUCUAGGAGCCUAACAGUGCUAGGUUUCAAUGCCCAUCUCCACUACAAUGUUGCAUUGUGCUAUUUUAAACUUAAAGAGUACCCACAAGCUUUGAAACAUAUAACUCUUGUGAUCGAAAGGGGCAUUAGAGAUCAUCCCGAGCUAUCCGUUGGCAUGCAAGCUGAAAGUUCUGAAGUAAAAUCCGUAGGUAACUCAUUAACCCUACACGAAACAGCCCUCAUUGAAGUAUUUAAUUUAAAAGCGGCUAUAGAAUACCAACUCAAGAAUAAUGAAGCAGCUAGAGAAGCAUUAUCUGAUAUGCCUCCGCGACACGAGCAUGAGCUAGAUGCAGUAACUUUGCACAAUAUAGCGCUAACAUCAAUUGAUAUUAAACCGACGGACGGUUUUGAAAAACUACAUUUCUUGCUGCAACAAGACCCUUUUCCAGCGGAAACAUUUGCCAAUCUACUCCUCCUGUACUGUAAAUUUGAAUAUUACGACUUAGCUGCAGAUGUGUUAGCAGAGAAUGCUCAAUUGACAUACAAAUAUCUAACACCGUACCUUUAUGAUUUUUUGGAUGCCAUAAUCACAAGCCAAACUUCACCUGAGGAAGCAUUUCAAAAGUAUGAAGACAUUGCAUCGAAGCAUGCUGAGCAAUUAAGAAAAUUAACAAAAGUAGUACAAGAGAGCCGCUCACAAGGCGACAAUGAGCAGGUAAAGAAAGCUGUAGUGGAGUAUGAAGAAGCUUUGGAAAGAUAUAUUCCCGUGGUCAUGGCUCAAUCAAAAAUAUAUUGGGAUAAAGAAAAUUAUGGUCAAGUAGAAAAAAUCUUUCGCAAAUCUGUCGAAUUCUGUAACGAGUCAGAUGUUUGGCGUCUAAACGUAGCACACGUUUUGUUUAUGCAAGAAAGCAAAUACAAAGAGGCAGCCAGCUUCUAUGAGCCCAUCGUGAAAAAGCAAUUCGAUAAUAUUUUAGAUGUAAGCGCUGUUGUUUUAGCUAAUUUGUGUGUAUCUUAUAUAAUGACAUCACAGAACGAAGAAGCUGAGGAUAUCAUGCGAAAAAUAGAGAAGGAAGAAGAACAACAAAUAUUUGAAGACCCUGAGAAGAAAUUCUAUCAUUUGUGCAUUGUGAAUUUAGUAAUAGGUACGCUGUAUUGCGCUAAAGGAAAUUAUGAGUUUGGUAUCUCGAGAGUGAUCAAAUCACUUGAACCAUUCAACAAGCGUCUGGGCACUGACACGUGGUUCUAUGCAAAGAGAUGUUUCUUAUCGUUCCUUGAGAAUUUAGCGAAGCACUUGAUCGUCGUUAAAGAUAACACUAUUAAAGACUGCUUACAAUUUCUUGAAGGGUGUGAGACAUACGGACGUCGAGUGAGUACCGUUAUAGAGACUCCGUUUCAAGAGGAAGACGUUAAUAAUAAAGCGAAACAAACGGUUACGUACGAAGCACGAUUACUUCGUUAUAUGUUUUAUAAAUUGCGUAGCAUUGAUGACUCAGUUACUAUAAACAAGUAUGAAGAUUUAAAAUAA